AUGCGACAUGUUGCUGAAAAGCUAAAUAUUGUUCUCGAAGAUCUGUAUAAACAAAUUGGUUGGCCAUUAUACAGUAAAUAUGGUCAUGCAUAUGAAGCAUUUAAAUUGGCAAUCACGGAGCCUGAAAAGGUUUUUGAAGGUCUCGAGAUAUCUCAAGAAAUUAGUGAUGAAUUGUUGAAUAAUAUAAAAAGAAGGCUGACACCACAACCUAUUAAAAUUCGAGCUGAUCUCGAAGUUACAUGCUUUGGUUAUGAUGGUAUCGAUGCUAUCAAGUCAGCACUUAAAUCCGGUGAAGCUUGUGAAAUUGAUGAUAUUCAAAUUAAGGUCAAAUUAGUAGCGCCUCCAUUAUAUGUCAUGAUUACCAACGCGUUGGAUAAGAACUUGGGGAUUCAGACUUUAGAAAAAGCAAUUACUGCUAUUCAUGAGACUAUCGAAAAAUCGGGAGGCGUAUUAACGGUCAAAAUGAAGCCAAGAGCUGUAAGUGAAACAGAUGAUAUUGAACUUGCCGCACUUAUGGCUCGUGUAGAAAAAGAGAAUGCUGAAGUUUCUGGUGAUGAAGAUACCGAUCCAGAAGCCGGUGAAGUCGAAUAA